UCUUAUUCAGUAGAACUGGAUUUAUGUCAUUUAUGAUGCAAUCCUUACCUUUCUGGGUGAAAUCUAGAAAGGCUGACUCCCAAUCCAAAUCUAACACCAGAAAUAUCAAUCUCAUCAUAUUAAUUAAUGAUCCAAACUCGGGGAACGGAACUCCACCUCCAAUCGGAAUUCCAAACUAUUCUCUUAGCCGUUGUUAUUGUUUUGCCCGAAAAUUUCUUCUUUGUUCUCCAAACUCAAAAUGAACAUGGCAUGGAACGUGUUCAAAUUCUGUACGGCACUACGUGCCCUGGGUUCAAUUAUGAUUGUUUUCGUUCUUGGGAUCAUUGGGGUCACUUACUAUGCUGUGGUCAUUGCUCAUUAUGGCCCAAGUCUCUUUCUUGGAGGCUUUGAUUCGCUUUCCGCUGUUGUGGUCAUCUUCUUGUUUCAUUUUCUGCUGGUGAUGGUAAUUUGGAGUUACUUUGCUGUUGUUCUAACGGAUCCUGGGGGUGUUCCACCAAAUUGGAAGCCUCCGAGGGAUGAGGAGAAAGGUGAAGUUGAUCCUUUGGUGAGUUUUAGUUAUGGAAGUCCAGAAUUAGGUUCAAAUCAGUCAGCUGUGCCUGGUGAUUCUCCAAACCAAGACAUACGUUUCUGCCGGAAGUGCAACCAAUUUAAACCACCUCGCACCCAUCACUGCUCUGUUUGUAAGAGGUGUAUAUUAAAAAUGGACCAUCACUGUGUUUGGGUCGUCAACUGUGUUGGGGCAUUGAACUACAAGUAUUUCCUUCUUUUCUUGUUUUACACAUUUCUGGGGGCAACACUUGGCAGUUUGUCAUUAUUGCGGGUUUUUAUUGAAUUUUUUAAUGAUGGUGAGAUAGCUGAAACACCAGGAACACUUGCAGCUACUUUUAUCACUUUUGUUUUAAACAUUGCAUUUGCACUGAGUAUUUUGGGCUUUCUGAUUAUGCACAUAACACUGGUGGGAGCCAAUACCACCACUAUUGAGGCAUAUGAGAAGAAAAUGACUCCUAAGUGGCGUUAUGACCUUGGUUGGAAGAAAAACUUUGAACAGGUGUUUGGAACAGAGAAGAAGUUCUGGUUCAUCCCAGCAUAUUCAGAGGAGGAUUUAAGACGGAUGCCAUCCCUUCAGGGUUUGGAAUAUCCAACAAGGCCUGACUGGCAGCCACCCCUGCAGCAUUAACUAAAGGUUUAACAAAACAAGCUUGAAACCACUCAUGAAAACUGCGGUUGCAUCUUAUGUAUAUGUUGUAUCUUUGUCAGUUGAUGACAUUGUCUCUAAAAAUUGCUUGAGACCUGCCCUUCCUGAUGUAAGCCCAACAUUGUCAUUGCAUUUCCCUCUUGCCAUGUAAUCUUUCAAUUUGAGCUUGUAUUCUUGAUUCUAAUGAUUGAAAAUUAAAAAAAAUUAUUUUUUUA